AUGGCCUCCCCGCCCUUUGGCCAAGCCGCCCUCAUCACCGCCCUCAAAGGCCAACCCCUCCGCAUCCCCUCCCUCCAAGCCCUCUUCACCUCAUGGCCGUCCCCACGCCUCAACGCCCACUACCCAGAGCUCGUCGCCUUGGCCAGCGCCGCCAUCCUCGAAUUCGCCGCCGCCGCGCCUCACCUGCACGUUGAGCGCCGCCUGCGCGACGACAUUGCCCUCCUGACGUGUCUGCUGUUCCCGACCGCGCCCCGGCGACGCAUCGAGGCGCUGGUGCUGUACAUGGUGUGGCUCGUCUGCUGGGACGACACGGUGGACACCAACGAGGGCGACUUGGCUGCUGAUUUCGCGCGCGCCGAGCAGUGGCGCAACAGGACGCUGGAGGUUGUCAAGGCGGCCCUUGAGCUUCCCCAGGGAGCGCAGCAGCGUGGAGAGGUGGAUGCCAUCAACGCGGUGCUCGUCAGCUUUGGGCAGCGGUACUGUGGCACCCACGAGAGGGCUCCUGAUGAGCAGCGCCAGCGGCUGUACGACGAAAUCAGCAUCUUCAUCCGCGCGUGCGCCACGGAGCAGAGGCUGCGGCUUGACGGCCACAUUCCCAGCUUCGACGAGUACAUGGUCCUCCGCGAGGGCACCGUGGCGGGCGGCACGCUCUGCGCAUUGGUUCCGCACGCCAUGCCGCAGUCUGUGCCGCCGGAGCUGCUCGACAUGCCGCAGUUUGCAGUCUUUCGGAAGCAGGCCAACGUGCUGUUCGGCCUGCUCAACGAUGUGAUUUCCUUGAAGAAGGAGCUCAACAUGGACUGCGUCAUCAACGCCGUCUGUACGCUGCUGCGGCCGGAGACGCCCCUGGAUGAAGUCAUGGCGCAGAUUUAUCAGAAGCUGCAAGAUGCGGUGCGGCUUUUCGACACGGCGGCGAGGGAGCUGUUGGAUCAGUUCGGGGACAAUGACCUUUUCUACGACCUCUCGGAGGAAUUGAUUGACGGGCAUAGAAGUGUGGUUACUGGCACGCUCGAAUUCAUGUGA